UCAGUUAUAAUUUCGUCGCUCUAACCGCCAACACGGUCCGACGGCUGAACGUGGAGACGUGUUUUUAGUUUACCAAUAGACCGUAGUCAACUGCUCGUUUGUUUUUACCAAAAACCGAAUGGCUUUAGUUUGAUUGCUUAAUUCAUUUUCAAAUAUCGAUCUGAUUGGAUUCAGUCCACCUUGAAGUUGGGUUCGAUUUAAUAGCCCACGCGAUUGCAUUUCAAACAAGCCGAAGGCUUGUCAGCACCACUUGAACGAACGUGUGGGUGGUUGGUUUUCUUUUUUUUUUUUUAUAUAUAAUCUGGAACAUUUUCGACAACUUCUCGGGUGCGAAGCUACAUAGUGGCAUUGGUUUUGAUGUGGCCGACACGCGUUUCCCCAACAGCCGGAGCACAUGUGCGGGUUACAUUUUAGGACGCGUAACAGCCCGUCUCAGAAGACGUCCCUCCGCUGGGGCGACUGCUGUCUAGCCUAGUCUAGUCUAGUGUUCCGACCGCCAUUCGUGUUCCUUGGCCGGAGACCUCAUCCUCGAGUUCGAUUCCCUCGCGACUCACUGCGUUCAAGCUAGUACUACUACGGGGCAGCCCGCAUCCACCAAGAGCCCGUUUGGAACAGGAAAUGUUGCAUAAGUCGAGGCGCAUUUGAUUGGCGCGCUUCUUUGAUUGUCGUCGCUAAGCUCCACAAUCGAAAAUUGGCGUCCGCUUGAACUUGGCGCACAAAUCGCAAGACAGAGCUAGAAGGUCAACCCCAUUUUGAGAGUAUUUGGUUACAGCAGCGCGUGGAGAACCUUAAGUUUCGUAGCCAAGGACACGACUGAACUGCAAGGAUGAUCAAUAUCGCUGGCGUGGUGAGCAUCGUGCUCUUCUACCUCCUGAUCCUGGUCGUUGGCAUUUGGGCCGGUCGCAAGAAGCAGUCCGGCAAUGAUUCGGAGGAGGAGGUCAUGCUGGCCGGACGCUCCAUCGGCCUCUUCGUGGGCAUCUUCACCAUGACGGCCACCUGGGUGGGUGGCGGCUACAUCAACGGCACGGCGGAGGCUAUAUACACAUCGGGUCUGGUGUGGUGCCAGGCUCCAUUUGGAUACGCUCUAAGCUUGGUAUUUGGUGGCAUCUUCUUUGCCAAUCCCAUGCGCAAGCAGGGUUACAUCACCAUGUUGGAUCCGUUGCAGGAUUCCUUUGGUGAGCGGAUGGGAGGAUUGCUCUUCCUGCCCGCUCUAUGCGGUGAGGUCUUUUGGGCAGCCGGCAUCCUGGCUGCACUUGGCGCCACUCUAUCGGUGAUCAUCGACAUGGAUCACCGCACCUCGGUGAUCCUGUCCUCCUGCAUCGCCAUCUUCUACACACUGUUCGGUGGACUGUACUCCGUGGCGUAUACGGACGUGAUCCAGUUGUUCUGCAUCUUCAUCGGUCUGUGGAUGUGCAUUCCCUUCGCCUGGAGCAACGAGCACGUGGGCAGCCUGAGUGACCUGGAGGUGGAUUGGAUUGGGCACGUGGAGCCUAAAAAGCAUUGGCUGUACAUAGACUACGGCUUGCUGCUCGUCUUUGGUGGCAUUCCCUGGCAGGUCUACUUCCAGCGGGUGCUGUCCAGCAAAACGGCAGGAAGGGCCCAGCUUCUGUCCUAUGUUGCAGCCGCCGGAUGCAUUUUGAUGGCCAUUCCCCCGGUGCUCAUCGGAGCGAUUGCCAAGGCUACACCUUGGAACGAGACAGAUUACAAGGGACCCUAUCCCCUGACCGUGGACGAGACGAGCAUGAUUCUGCCCAUGGUGCUGCAGUACCUCACGCCUGACUUCGUGUCCUUCUUUGGAUUGGGCGCUGUUUCCGCCGCCGUGAUGUCCUCCGCCGACUCCUCGGUGCUCUCCGCCGCCUCCAUGUUCGCUCGGAACGUGUACAAAUUGAUUUUCCGUCAGAAGGCGUCCGAGAUGGAAAUCAUUUGGGUGAUGCGAGUCGCCAUCAUUGUGGUGGGCAUCCUGGCUACCAUCAUGGCCCUCACCAUUCCCUCCAUCUACGGUUUGUGGUCCAUGUGCUCGGAUCUGGUCUACGUCAUUCUGUUCCCGCAGCUACUGAUGGUGGUGCACUUCAAGAAGCACUGCAACACGUACGGCAGCCUGUCGGCAUACAUUGUGGCCCUGGCCAUCCGACUGUCGGGCGGUGAGGCCAUCUUGGGACUGGCUCCAUUGAUCAAGUAUCCCGGCUACGACGAGGAGACCAAGGAGCAGAUGUUCCCCUUCCGCACCAUGGCCAUGCUGCUCAGCCUGGUCACGCUCAUCUCGGUCUCCUGGUGGACUAAAAUGAUGUUUGAGUCCGGCAAGUUGCCGCCCAGCUACGACUACUUCCGCUGUGUGGUCAAUAUUCCGGAGGAUGUGCAGCGUGUGGGCGAUCCCUCGGAGUCGGGUGAGCAGCUAUCCGUGAUGGCUGGACCGCUGGCCCGAUCCUACGGAGCGGCCACCAUGGCGGGCAAGGAUGAGCGCAAUGGCCGCAUCAAUCCCGCCCUGGAAUCGGACGACGAUCUGCCGGUGGCGGAGGCACGUCGCAUCAACCAGGAGACGGCGCAGGCGCAGGUCAAAAAGAUGCUGGAUAACGCCACUGGGGUGAAGCCGUCGGGCGGAGGCGGUGGUCACCUCCAGAGCCAAAGCGGGAUGGCCAUGCCCACGGCGGAGCAGGACAAUACGGCCUUCUGAGCGGAGUAGCGGAGAAUCCCAUGGCAUCUGGGCAGCUGAAUGCCCGAAAAUAGGCUGCAGUUGAUACCAGAGAAUUAUCCGAUUUUAUGUUGCGCUUGUUAGGGGGACACAAAUGGGGGGAAGUUGGGGUCAUCAGAUCGUGGAAUGGAGUACAGAAAGUAUUAGGAAACGUACGUUAAACACACAAGUGCUCAGGUAAAAAUUGCAGAAAGCUGAUCGUAAGGUUUACAUUUUCAUUUAGCCAACUUAUUGUGUAUAGUUUCUACAAGCUUAAAGCGUUGUUCUAUCGGUAUUCAUUUUGAUGUUAGAGUAUCUAUCUAUGUGUAAAUGUUCACAAGUCAAUUGACGACGAAUACAUAUCAAUUGCAUUUUCCUAGCCCGAGAAUUGCCUAGGAACACGUAUUAACCCAAAAGGAGUUAGCCCAGUUAAAGUGGCUAUGGAUUAAGAUGUAUGUAUAACCAAAGUGACGAGCAUUUGAGCAAUAUGAAUUGGCAUUCCUGGCAUUAGCAUAUCGAUCAUAUAUACUAUACUAUAUAGAUGCAUAAAAUGUGAAUCAUGUGUCCUUCCAGAACGAACAAAGCUAAGCAAAACUAACUAACUAACAAACCAAUGCAAACGAAACAUAUC